GAGCGGCUCACGCGGCGCGUGAAACGUCAAGAGCUGCACGAGCUCCGCCGGAUGCGCCAAGAGGAUCGAGCCUCCCGCCGAUGGAGCAGACAGCAGCUCCGAGAAGCAAGUCGAGAGGCUACAAUCCUUCGUCGGAUCGACGUCAUUCUGGCAAAGUGGCGUCCAGGAUUGAGCAGAUUGAGACGUGUGUCCACCCGUGGACUUUCUGCCUCAAAGCUAAAAGCCUUGGACUACCUCUCUGUCCCAGUGGGGGAUCUCGAGGAUCCAAACGAACAAUCCAAUCUGAAAAGAACGUGU